GUUGUCAUGUCAACCAGCUGCGUACGGGGAAAGUUAAAACACAAAUCUGACCCGUGAGAGCGGAAGUUCUCUCCUCCAAACAAACAAACAGUAUUCAGAGUACUGCUAACAGUACAUGAGUUGCUGCUGCACUCAGGUGGGCUCGAGUUAUAUUCAGACAGAAAACGCCCCGGUUAAAAUGCUGUCGACUACCUGCACAGGUGCAGCGGCGGGUCGAGGAGGUGCGCAGCCGGUUACCACACCGGAGUCAGACACACAAGGCAACGGCCGCGGAGGUGCUCGGUUCGGGAAGGAGAUAUGUGAAGGGCUCGGUGUUCAGGAGUGGCCCGACGGCUCCAGGUAUGAGGGAGAGUUUGUGAACGGCUUCAAACACGGCAAAGGACGGUACAGCUGGGCAAACGGAGAGUACUAUGAGGGCUCUUUCUACAAAGACUACAGGCAUGGAGAUGGACUGUACUGCUGGCCCACAGGCCACAAGUUCAGUGGCAAGUUCUACCUCAACAGAAAGGAAGGAUAUGGUCAGCAAGUGUUUCCUGAUGGAGCCACCUUUCAGGGCUUGUACCAUGCUGACCAGAGGUUUGGUCCAGGUGUGCUCAAACAUCCAGAUGGGCGACAGGAUGUGGGCCUGUGGCUCAGGGAGCGCCUGCUAAGGCUCUGUACCCCUUUGGAAGAGGGAUUUAGCCUGAAGAACUUUCCUGAAUAUGCUGCCUGUGUGGAUCCAUCAGUCACUGAAAAUUCCUUGACUCAGCCUCAGUUUCUCUCUAGUGGUCUACAGAAACAAACGAGGACAGACUCUGAGGUGGACGCAGACAGAGAUCUGCUGCCAGAUGAAACUUUCAUCCUUCCGCCCGGCAUGGAGAGUUACUCGACAGAUGGCGACCACUUGCCGCUCCCCCCUGGCCGAAGAAGAGAGUUGGACCGACAUUUUUAUGGCGAGCUGUGGGAGCCAGACACGCAUCCACACCAAGGCUAUGAGAGGGACCCUCUGUCCACACUGCCAUUACAGGCCCGCAUGCAGGCUCACAUACAGAAACACAGGCUGCAGGCUGAAAAUGUGAGCUGGGACGUGGAGGCCAUUCUCUCUAUGAAUAGGGAGGGUUUUGGUCCUAAAGGGCCUUUAGAAGUCAGUUCAGAACUGCUGAUCCAUCACUCCUCCAAAGGAGACCUGCGCACUGUAUCACAGAUCCUCCAGACUGGUUUGGUCCACCCUGAUGUAGCAGAUUCCCAUGGACACACUGCUCUGAUUGCUGCUACAGUAAACUGCCAUAAUGAUGUGAUCCAUCUGUUGUUGGAUAUGGGUGCUGAUAUUGACAAGCUGAACUGUGAAGGCGUGUCUCCCCUGGCUGUGUGUCACGUCCUCUACUAUCCUUUUCGGUCUCUGCACAUGACUCAGGCUGAACCACCUGUCAAAACUCAACAGGUUUUGAGGUCUCCAAGUGGAAACGGUUCCCCGAUUAGCGAAGUCGACCUCAGUGUGGACACAUCGUUAAUUAACAACCUCUCUGACCAGAGAGUAGAAAAACUAGCAGAAUACAUUUCACUUCACAGCAGUGAAUCAUCCAGUGACAGUGAACUAAUCUCCGAGCAGUGCCUCGGCCUGGAUGAACCCGAUAUUCCUGCAAACACUGAACACCUACAGGAGGAGGAGAGAAAAGAGAAAGGAGACGACAGACACUCUGAGGAGAUGGGAAGAGUGAGGAGCAAUGGGAGUCAAAGGCAGACAGAGAGCAGAUGUGAUCAGAGAGGGGAAUGUGGAGAAAGUGAGGUGGAAGGUACAGAAAGAGAAUUUAAAGGGGGGAAAAGGAAAGACGAACAUGGUGAGCUAGUCAAGAGCGAAGAGUUAAGAAAAGAUUACCUGGAAGAGGAGAGGGAGGAGGAUGAGGAAAAUGUGGAAGAUACAGAGGGGGAAGAGGAGAGAGGAAGUGAGGACGUGUCUGAUGUAGAGCGCUCGGUUCAAGUGCUGGAUGGCCACAUUGAACUGGGCACUGUGCAGUGGAAGGAAGCUCGAGCUAAGGGCAAAGACAGAGAUAUGACCCUGAAACAGCCCUUUGAGUCUGCCUGUUCACUCAGCAGCUACAACAUCCAAGUCACAGACGAAGUGAUGCAGCGCUCAGCUGAAGCUCUGAGUCGCACGGGGAUCUCUCGGCACUGUGACACGCAGGAGACCGUACGCAAAAUGGCUGCCAUGAAAAUAGAGCACCGAGCUCGUUUGGACACCCUCAAACUGUUAUUGGACCGUGGAGCUGAUCCCAAUGCAGCCAGGGUCCCCAUGCCUGUCCUGUUUUUAGCCAUUAUGGCAGCUGACACCGAGGCUGUGCGGAAACUGCUGCUGUGUGGAGCUCGCACUGAUAUCCACCUUCCACCAGAGAAGAAAGGCCUGUAUCCCCUGCAUGUAGCUGCAGCACUGCCAGGUCCAGCAGGUCCCAGAAUCACAGAGCUGCUGCUGCACGCCAUCACCGACCCAGACGUACAGGCGUGCGACCAGGACGAGAUCUAUGAACCAGACAGGAUUUUCAUGAAGGCAGCUGAAAUGCUGAACACCAGCCAACAUCUCAAAGAAGGAGGCCGAACCGCCCUGCAUGUGGCCUGCCAAAGAGAAAGUGACUACAGGAAUGCCAGUAAAGUGGUCACCAUCUUGCUCUCCCACAGAGCCAGCACAGACCUCCUCUGGAGUGGCCACUCACCUCUCUCCUUAGCUAUAGCAAGUGGCAAUGAUAUGGCGGUGGAGCAGCUGUUAAAUGGAGGUGCGGAUCCCAACAUACCCCUGGGCUGGAGGGUGGGCAGCGCGCUUUGUGCCCUCGCCAACAUCAACUACCAUUUAGUUGGCGACAAAAUUAAGCUGUUGGACACAUUAGCUAAAGCUGGUGCUGACAUCUUGAUGCCAGUGACAGUGUGCGACGUUGUGGGAACUGCAGUCGAUUAUGCACACUACUCCUUCAAACAGGAUUCAUAUAUUGCUAACACGCCUUUCCAUGCUCUGAGCAUUCGGGAGAGAGAAAUAUUCAAAGCACGGCGAAAACUGCUGAGCACAAUGGAAGAUCUGCUGAGGCAGGCUGCUGUUCAGAGGGGAACUGGAGGCAUUUCCUCUAACAAACCCCUUCCCAGUAGCAAAAGCCUACAAGAGGAAACAGGAGACCUCAGGAAAGCCGUGUUAAAGUUCUGCUAUCACUGCAGUCGCUCUGCGUCCGUCAGUCUGACCCCGUGUGGGCGCUGCCACAAGGUCUUCUACUGCUCCAGGACCUGCAAACUCAACUCUUGGGAAGAAAGACACAAGAAAGAGUGUGUCAGGGUGUCAGCAUCCGCUGGCUGCAGCCAGAAGAGUGCUGCGUUGAAACCACAAAGAAGCACCAGGCCCUUGUCUGCUAUCUUGAAAUCCAAGACAACCCCCAGACCCUCGACCGUCAAGUUCAAAUCCGAAAGAGAACUAAAGCUCUUGAGCACGACAGAGAAAGACUUGGAGAGCAACGUCAAGCUGAAAGAAAACUACAGCUACAACUGAUGGAUACUAAAAUUCAUAUUUUGUAAUAUUUAACAUUGUCCACCUAAUUUAACAAAGUUCUUAUCUUAGAUCACCUCACUGGAUGUGGUUGACUAGUGCUAAUACCAUUUGUGCCAUAAUAUUUUUCAUAUUUAUAGCUGUCAGAUUGCAGUAUAACAUGGCAGUAUAACUAUAAUACAGUAUAACAUUAAUGUUAUAACUGACUUGUGCUAUUGCCAUAGAAAUAAUGCAGACACUAAAUGGCUGAAUCCAUUGGAAACAAGUGCUAUAUUUUAUCAAAGGUUUUUACCAGUUCUAGUUAUGCUUUCUUUAAGUAUUAAAAAGAUCACCUCACUGUCACUGAAGCUAGCAUCACGAGGGUUUACUGCAGCAGAUGGGUUCGUAUACUGAAUGUGAGUUGGCAGAUUUUUACACCAGAUUCCCUUCCUGAUGCAGUACUCUCAAGGAUUUGUGUCUUCUCCCAGCCUCAAACUGGGGAACUUUCACAUGUUAGGCAGAUGUGUAAACCAUUUCACUAUGGAGCCACUUUCUAUAAGAAAAAAAAAAAAAAUUACCUUUAACAUUUUACUGUAAUUGCUUAGCUAAUCAUCUUUCCUUUAGCACCAUCCUCAGGACAAACGGGGUGGGGGGAAUCCGGAGCAUCUUUUUUACCCAUCCAGAGUUUCACAGCCAGGACAGAAACUGACUUGUUACUCCUAAAUCUGCCCUAAAGGCCCUCCCACUGUAGACCUGUACCCCAGACUCCUUUACAGAAGGUGUGUCAGUAGGACUGAGGAGAACCUCAAAGUAUUUCUUACACUUGAGUUUUUGCUUCAGUCACUGCAAGAACCACACUCUGCUUGGCCUUCCAGUAGCUGUCAGCUGCUUCAUGAGUACCACAAGCUAACCAAACUCAGUAGGGAUCUUUCUUCAGCUUGAUGGCUCCCUUCCCAUCAUCUUGUUCAGGGGUUGCAGCUCAUGGCUGCAGCUCCAUACAGCUGUCUCAGUAAUGAAGGUGCAGAACAUUGUUCCACUUUGACUCAGUGACCCUAGUCUUCCUUGGAAUGCUGUUGGAGUUUUGCUGGAGGUUAAAGAUCUCCUCUGCUAGAUCUCCCAGUGCAACCUCACUAUACAUUCUACUAUAGGCCAGACCAUUUAGCACCCUCCACCACCACCCAAUCCAACUCACCACCAGGUGGUGAUCAGUCAACAGCUCAGCUCCUCUUUUUACCUGGGCAUCAAAGACAUGCAGCUGCAGACUGGAUGAUGCAAUUAUAAAAUUGAUGACUGACCUGUGACCUAUGGUCUCCUUAUAUCAAGUGCACAUUUGGACGCAAUUAUGCUCAAACAUACUGUUUAUUAUGGACAAACUGUGAUUAGCACUGGAAUCCAAUAACAGCACACUACUUGAGUUCAGAUCAGGCAGGCCUUUCCUCCCAAACACCCCUCAGUGUUAUUGCGCAUGUGAGUGCUGAAGUCCCCCAGCAGGCCAAUGGAGUCCCCAAAUGCAAGACUUCCAGCUGCCCACCCACCUAAAGCAAGGCCUUGUUACACUGAAAUAAUAUUUGGUGCAUAGGCACAAACAACAGCCAAGAGCCAUUCCCUGACACAAAGGCACAGGGAAGCAGCCCUCUCGUCCAGUGAUGGCAACUCAAGAGUGGAACUAGGUGUGGCUCCUCUCCAGGAGACCCUGUGCUUGUGCAAUGAGGUCAGCCUGACUAUAUCUAGCCUGUAUCCCUUCACUUCCUUCUUCACCAGGGAGUCACAUUCCACGGCCCUAAAGGAGGUUUUGAUAACUGGGGACUGCCAGGACCUUCACCGCUAACCUCUGCCUAUCCACAUGUUUUGAAUAAUUUUUUUUUCUCUAAUGUAUGUAUGUGAAAUAUUAAAUAAAUGUACCUCUUUGUGCCUCAAAAAGUUUAUACAAAACCAGUAAAUUACAAGUUCACAAACCAACAAAGAUUA